AUGGCGCAGGCGCGCGGCGCGCCCAGCGCCGCGCCGGUGUCCAGGCCUGCGCUGGCGCGGCUGCGGCGCGAACUCGCAGAGGUGCGCAGGGCGGGGAACCCGCAGAUCGCGGUCAGCCCCUCCGAGGACUGCAUGCUGGAGUGGCAUUUCGCGCUCCACUCGCUGCCCGCCGACACGCCGUACCACGGCGGCUGCUACCACGGGCAGCUGCACUUUCCGCCCGAGUACCCGCACGCGCCGCCCUCCAUCGUCAUGGUCACCCCCAGCGGCCGGCUGCACACGGGCCAGCGCCUCUGCCUCAGCAUGACGGACUUCCACCCGGAGAGUUGGAACCCCGCCUGGUCGGUGGAGACCAUCCUGGUGGGGCUGCUCUCCUUCUUCACCAGCGACGCGGAGACAGGCUUCGGCUCCGUAUCGGCGCCCGACGGGGUGCGCCGCGAGCUCGCGGCGGCCUCCUGGUCGGCCAACGCGCGCGACCCGGAGUUCGCGGCGCUGUUUCCGGAGCUGCUGGCGCCGCCCUCACAGGCCCGCCCGGUGGCGCCGGAGCCGGCGGCGUCGCCGCGGGAGGAGGGCCCGCCCGCUGCGCCCUCGCCCCGGCUCGCGCCGACAGAAUGCUGGAUCUGCCGCUGCGACACGGCAGAGCCGCUGGUGUGGCCGUGCGCCUGCCGCGGCUCCAUGGGCGGGGUGCAUCCUUCUUGUGUGGAACACUGGCUGCACUGCCAGAGGCGCGCCGGCCGGGGGGGCGCGGAGAGGCCCCGCUGCCUGGUGUGCGGCGCGCGGUAUGCGGCCCGCCGACAGGUGCGCCCAGGCCUGCUGGCUUUCGCGAGGCAUCACCUGGUCAAGGCUGGGGGCCACCUGAUCCACUGCUCGGUCGUCGUCGGGCUGCUGGUGGGCGUCCAGGAGUUCAUGUCGCCGGCCGCCGAGGGCGCCGUCCUGCCGCGGCCGGUGCGCGCCGUGGCCGCGGCGGCCUUCCCCGUGUUCUGCCUGCACAAGCUCGCGGUGCUCCUGGUCUCCCUGCCGCCCCACCGGGCGCCACCGCGCCGCCGGACGGCACGCCAGUUCUUUGUGUCCGAGCCGGCGGAGCUGGCGAGGCACGUGGCGGAGGCGCUGACGGUGGUCAUCGUCACGGGCUUCGGGUGUAUGUGCGGCGCGCUCCACUGGGCCGUCUUCGCGCCGCUCGCCGCAGCAGCAGCGGGCGUGGUGCUCAGCGCCAGCGAGGCGCCGCCGCUGGCACUGGCGCAGGCCGCGGCGGCGACGGCGGUGCGCCUGGUGGUGGUCCUGGUGGCGCUGACGGUGCAGGCGUGCCGUCGAGUCGCCCGCCGCCCGCGGGGCGUGGCGGAGGCGAUGCACCCGCUGGGCGCCGGGCCGCACGUGGUCGCGAGCCUGGUGACGAUCCCGGGACAGUCUCAGGCGUUCAGUGCCGAGACGCUGCGGUGGCUCCUCACGGCCACAGCGGUGAUGACGAUGGUGACCCUGACGGCGAUCGGCGUGCUGCAGACCUCGGGGCACGACGACCGCACCGCGAGCGGCCAGAGCACGGCGAUCCCUGGGCGGCAGACGGAGAAGACCUGUGGAGUACCGGUGGGGCACGCCGAGUUGGCGGGGGCGGCCCUCUUCUCAAAGUACUUCGGCGCCAUGGUGAUGGAGGGGAACCUGUUGAAGAACAUGCCUGGCUAA